CCUCAGCUACCCGCGCUCCUCCCCCCCGCUAAUCAUCUCAACAUCCAAGUUAUUUCCCCUCCCUCAUACUAAAUGUCUCCCUUUUUUUCUUACACCACCCUUCCUUGCCAACUCAUGGAGAGCCCCUACCCCAUGCGCAACUUCUCCGAGUACUUGGUGGAGAUGAUUGACGUUGAGCCGUUGCCGUGCGUUGACGAAGACGUGUGGGAGUUACAUCGGGUGCUGUAUCGAUCAAUGGUGGUGGGCAUGUUCCGGUUUUACGUGGAGCACGGUGAUCACAAUAUCGCUGAGAACCUGCACGUGUACUACGUCAUCUCACAACCCAAGCCAGAGAAUAAGGAGGGCACGGUGGCAGUGUAUCCGUUCGGGGAGAUCGGGAUGAGCAAGCUGGGAACGUUGGAGCUCAUCCAUAUUGAGGUACUCUCUAUUGAGCAGGUGAUCGGCAGUGAGAAAGAAGACCUCCAACUCCGAUUGCAGACGUCGGACAUCAUCAACUCCUCGGCGAUCGUACCGCACGAUCUCUAUCUAUUUGAUCCGACGCACCAUCUCGCAGGAGCAUGGCUGGCCACGCUUAGAGCACAGCAGUACGAUGAUCACGAAGCACGGAUCAACAUUCCGGCUCGAAUGGGAGGAGAUGCUCAUCAUUGGUAUAGUACCUAUGUAUGGGUGGAUCUCCCGACCUCCGAACGGGAUUUCAUGAACCGAUUUGAUUAUGUUCACCCUGAGCAGGCAUUGUACAUGAUCAAGGACCGAGUGCAAAAACCGCUCGAAUCCGUUGCGGAAUAUCGGAACCGGUUCUACAGGAUGUUCGUAAAAACUGAGCGAGGUGAGCAAGUAGGGAGAGAUCUGUUCAUUGACGGACUCCGCAGUCGAACAAUAAGGACUAAGUUGCGAAAGCAGUUUUCUCCCAUCACUCAUACGCUACAACAAAUUAUGGCUGUUGUGGAAGAAAUGGAACGGAAGUUUGCAGCGAACUUCCUGGAAGGAGAAGACUACCCUAGAGACGGAGAUUUGACCGAGCUCGUACGGGCAAGAGCAGAACUGACUGCUUUACAGAACAAAUUUGAAAACAUGGGAUUUGUAUCAGGACCUGUCACUUACAUGGAACAGUGGGUUCGGUGUCCGAUGGGGAUUUGCAAUGCGCCUGCCACCUUUCAACGAGCGAUGAACAUGACGUUCCAGAAUUUCGUCAACAAGACACGGCUGACGCAAGGGAUGAUCAACUUCUGCGUGAUCGUGUACAUGGACGACAUCCUGGUCUACUCGGAAACCUAUCACGGGCACGCGCAACACAUCGAAUGGACAUUGGGUGCAUUAAGAGACGUGGGGUUCAAAAUUGCGCUUGAGAAGAGCGAAAUUUUCGUCUCGGAAAUUUCGUUCUUGGGCUAUGUUGUGACACGUGGAGGACUGCGACCAGACUCGAGAAAAGUUGCGGCGGUAAAGGAAGCUCCGAUUCCCACGUCACUGACGCAGGUUCGAGCCUUCUUGGGACUGGCGUCGUACUAUCGGCGCUUCAUCAAGGGCUUUGCCUCGAUUGCACGACCACUAACGAAUCUGUUGCGGAAGGAUCAGCCCCUCAGCUGGGACGCGGAGUGCCAGCAGGCUUUUGCAACUCUCAAGGACGCUCUGGCAAUGGCCCCUAUUUUGAUUCGACCGGACCCCUCGAAACAGUUCAUUCUCAUCACGGACUGGCAACCGGAAGCUAUUUCCGCUAUUUUAGCACAGAAGGGGAAUGAUGGUCGCGAACACGUCAUCGAGUUCGCGUCACGAACCGUACCGGACGAACGAAGAAACGACUCCGCACCUCAAGGCGAGUGCUAUGCGGUAGUUUGGGGAAUCCAGCACUUCCAUCCGUAUCUCUACGGACAGAAGUUUCACCUCGUAACGGAUCAUGAGCCUCUGCUGGCAUUGAAGAAGCUCACCAACUGCACAGGCAUGAUUGGCCGUUGGGCGAAGGAGCCGCGGAACGCAUCCCGCCGUCGCAGCGACAACAUUUGGAUCCCCAGGUGGUUCCCGAUCCUGCCUUCUUCAGGCAGCCAACGGCGGAGCAGCUUGCUGCCAUCCAAGAGGAGGAAGAGGAGGAAGAAAGCACUUAGAGUGGAAGACGAGCGGGAAGAAAGUGAGAAAGGCGACGAAGUACUCGGGGAAGAGGAUGAAACCCCCGAAGAAGGAAGCCAUAGCGAGCAUAGCGAGGGGGAGCAGAGCGAAGAAGAGGAAGAAGACAAAGAAGGAGAAGAAGGGCACGAAGAAGAAUCUGUUGGAUCAGAGUGGGAAACCGUGUCGGAAGAAGCGUUGUGCACAGGUACAGAGGCAGAGGGUCCCGAGGCGGCCCGUAAAAGGGAAGAGAUCGCGGCCGAGAAGGAGUUAGAACUUGCAAGCGCGGCGAGUCUGCAGAUUUGCGACGACCCGAACCGUGAUCCGGAGCCGCCCCGACCUGAAGAUGGCGACCUCGCGGCCACGACUCCGGCCUCAUCGGCACGGCGGCGAAGCUGAUCCCCCUCCUCCCCAACCCGUCCCCCAGUUCGCCGACGUA